UCAUGCAGGCACAACUAAGAACAGGGAGCCAUCUAGAGUUGGCAUAUUCACCUCGCAGCUGCCUUCAGCCUGUAAACAGGAACAACUAAGAAAAGGAGAAAGCCUUAAACUCCGCUUUUCUCAGGGCUAAAUGGUUACUCAGGAUAAGAAGGUUUCUCCAUCUACCUUGGGUCCCUUUCUAAAGGAGAACGUGUCCAGAAGACUUCAGUAAAAAUGCUUUUCUACAUGUUAUUCUUUCUUGGCAUCAUCUCUCUGUGGUGGCAUUGGAGGGCAAGAGACAGGAUAAAGGUUCCAAAUCUCACCGGAAAAUAUAUAUUCAUCACUGGAUGUGACACAGGAUUUGGAAAUAGGGCAGCAAAGAUUUUUGAUAAAAAGGGAUUCCGUGUUUUUGCCAGCUGUCUGACUGAAACAGGAGCCAAAGAGCUAAAAGCUGUGACCUCGAAGCAGCUUCAGACAGUGCUGCUAGAUGUGAGAGAUUCAGACAGUGUUAAGAAUGUGGCUGCAUGGGUCAAAGCUGAAGUUCAGUCAGAAGGUCUCUGGGGACUUGUCAAUAAUGCUGGGAUUAUGGGGACAUCAGCUCCUACAGACUGGUUGGAUAUUGAGCACUUUAGAGACCCAAUUGAAGUUAAUUUAAUUGGACUCAUAAAUGUUACAAUAAGUAUGCUUCCCUUGAUAAAAAAAGCAAAGGGAAGGAUAGUAAAUGUAUCCAGUGUUGGAGGUCGCCUAGCAUUCAGUGGUGGAGGCUAUUUUCCUUCAAAGUUUGGAGUAGAAGGAUUUAAUGACAGCUUAAGGAGAGAUAUGAAAGCUUUUGGAGUUAAAGUGUGUUGCAUUCAACCCGGACUGUUCAAAACAGCAUUAACCAAUCCAGCACAGAUUAUGAAAGAGAAGGAGGUUAUUUGGAAUAAGCUUCCCCUUGAUAUUAAAAAGCAAUAUGGAGAGGACUAUUUUCAGAAAGAUGCAGCAAAGAAAGAAAAGCUGUCCAAGAUCUGUCUUAACAAGGACAUUUCACCAGUUGUUCAGUGCAUGGAGCAUGCCCUAACAAGCCUCCAUCCACGUACCCAUUAUGUUGUUGGGCAGGAUGCUAAGUUGUUUUGGAAUCCCCUCUCAAGAAUGCCAGCAGCUAUACAAGACUUCCUACUGCUGCGGAACAGAGUAGAGCUUGCAGCUUCCCAUAUAAAGUAAAUAUUUGCCAAUAUAUUCCCCAUCACAGACAAGGCUGAUUCUAUAAGAUCUGUCCUUUUUAUCAGCAUGAAACAAACUAUACAUGAAAUACAUACCCAUUCCCUAUAAAGCUAAGAAAUAUAUCUACUUCUCCAAUACCUGCUACUAUUUUAAAAAAAAACCCAAAACAUUACAUUAUUUCCUUUUUGAAGUGUAAACCAGAAAGAACAGAGGAACUAUUAAACUUUCAGAAAUCACUGUGAUUUUUCAGUUCCUUCACCUUUAAGGUGCUCAGUUUGAGAACCCCUGAAUGCUCCAGUUUUCACAAAGAUCCAGAAGACAAAAAUAUCACAGGAAAAUAGGGAACGUGGCUUUAAGUCCCUACAGCAGGAAGAGUUCUGUCAUCUCGGGCAGAGGAGGGAAUGGAAACAGGGCCUUCCUCUGGGAGAAGUGAACUCUAGCAAUAUAAACUAGGAAAGAGGGUGGGAAAUCCUCUUCCUGAUACUGCUUUCUUUAGCAGCCACCCCUAUUCAGUUUUGAGGUGAAGAAAACUGUAGUUGCCUUUCCUUGGUACACUCCUAACAAGAUUACUCAGUCAAAAGUGAUUAGGGAAACAAAGAAAGUAUGAAAUCACAUCACCUAUUCUGAUUUUUGUCUUUAGAAAUUACAGUUUGGCUGGUUUAAUUUGGUCCCUGUCAGACCACAAGUACACUGUCAGCUCCUGUGAGACCCUAGCACUGCAAGGGUUAACAUUUAAAGGAAAAUACAAACAGAAUUUGGGACAGAGCACCCUAGCUGUAAAUAUAUUAUUUAAAUUAGAAAUGCAGGAAAAAUAUCAGCUGCUCAAUGUAUUACUUCUCACUGUAUGGAGGGCCAGAUUCUGCUGGCACUUUCCUGGAACCAGAUGCUUCAUUUACUGAGAUGCCAGCAAUAAAAGCCAGUGACUUCUGGAAAUGAGCAAACAGUGUGCUCUGCUAUGGCUAUCAAAACCUGUCCUGGCUCACAAGAUUGUAUAAGGCAGGUGAAUAUUUAGACAUAUGUUUUUAGGGAAUAGAAAGCACUUGUUCAGAAGACCCAUGACUUCCACAAGGUCCGAAUGUCCUGGAGCACAGCACCCACAGGACCUGGCUUCAGUUAGCUUGUUAGAGCCAGCACACAAAGGUGCUUUUCAAAGCCUCCGCUUGUCCAGCAGGAAUAAUGUUAGCUUCUUGCUUUUCACUUGAGAGCCAUAUUUCCUUCCCCAAUGUUAAGCUUCAAGCAAGGUAAUUUUUCCACAUCCCUUCUAGGAGUCAUUGAUCUCGUUAUGAAAUACACUUAAGGAGUCAAUGGGAAAUCAGUCAAGUGCUGCUUUCUGCAGAUGAAAGACUGUCUCAUGCCAAGUCGGAGGAUCCUCUGUGAUGAAAGGAAUUUACUGGAAAAGUUCCCCAAUUCAGUGUUUUCCAAGAUGCUAAGCAGGAUCUAUUCAGCUUUCUGAAAUUACUUGCUAUAGUUCAAAAGCAGUUUGCCGAGGGGGAAAAAAAAAAAUCAGCAGUAGAGAAAAAGAAACUCCUUUUAUGUUUUUCUCUCCUACAUUUGUGUGGGAAAGGAUUGCUACCAACAAUAGCAGGACCUGACACUGCUGGAGAAAUGCUCCCAUGCGAUGGGCUUUUCCUGCUGGUGGAGUGCUGUUUUGUGGUCAUUUCAACCACGCCGUAGAGCCUGUCAUUUGAAUCAGGCCAGACAGGACUAGGCAGGCCCAGCAGGCAUGUCUGCCGGGCUUGUGCUGGAGAGAAAAUCUCUGCCAGCCACCUGUUGAAUCCCCAAGUCCCCAGCAAGCUGCACACAUCUCCUGAUUGCCCCAAGAGUGCUGAAAGCACAGUAACAACCAACAUCACAGCUCAGGCUGCAGUGGCAGAGUGGCAAAAGAAGCAAGAAUUUCCAGGCCCAAGCCAAAAUGAGCAGGGAGAGAAACUGGAGGAGGAAGAGCUGUCCACCAAGCAGAGAAUGAACUAACAACUCUGCAGCUCCUCGCAAGGAGCAGCCAGAGAGGAGUCACCAUUGCCACGGUCCGUUCAACUGAACGGGCCAGGUCACUUCCAGCUCCAUCUUAUCACCUUGCUUGGUUUCCACAGUUUUAAUUUCCUCUCAUUCAGUUAGUUUCAAACUUAUUCUGCUGUUGAGAAAGGUCUUAGCCCAAGUCUCUUUGCUUCCUGCAGCACCAGGCACUGCACAGCACUGUGAAUGGGGAGGCGUGAAAAGCGGGGAGGAGUUGUUCUGCUUACAUCUUUACGCAAUAGCACUCAGACCUGGAUCAGAAGUGCCCAGCAGACUCUGUGCCAGGGAGCAAACAAACAAGCAGCCUAGCAGUCAUAUGUUAGAGCCUUUUCCCAUGCAAACUGUAGAGCUUCUGUUUGCAUAGUUUGUAGAAUUUGAGCUUUUACUUGAACAACAUUGUUUAGUUACUCUGGCAAUUGAUUUGUUUCUAGUAGCAAAAAGCUGCCCUAGACUGGAAAAAAUAAUUUCAUCCCCGAAAGUUUUCAGACACAAGGAUGUAUCUGAAAAGAUCAAUAACAACUCACAUUCCAGAGAAAAGGUGGAGGUCUGAACCAAGCCCUGUUAAAUGAGUGGAAAGACUCCUGCUGGUUGCCAGACAAAGCACUGAUAAAUCCUUCCCAGCUGAGUAGAUUAGUUCUUCCUAAUGAGUCCUGACAGUACCCCAGGCUCUGUAGAUUACUAUAUAUAGGCAGCAAUGCUUAUACAACAUAGGUAGGAUAGGCAGGCAUGGAGCAUAUAUAGAAGAUUAAUAAUAAGUAAGUCCCUAAGGCAGAAGCAUCACAGCACAAGUCAUUGUCAACAGCAGGGAGAGGGGCAGUGCCUGUCAGCCGAUGUACAGCGAUCAGAAAAUACCACCAGACACAGAAUUUACAGUAAGAUUUUUCUGGAAACUAUUAUCAGGCAGGUCUUGGUGUACAAGCUUCUGAGUUUGACUCGGGCAGUUUCUAUGUUCUGACACUGGAAAUAACUGGCGAAGGCAACUUGUGAGCACCUGGAGAUACAGACUGAGUUUGCAGAUGUCUCCCGAGAAUGUGAGUACCAGCACAAAACCAGAACUUGUGUCUAUUGUUAUAGUGAGCAGUACCCAUUACAUGCAUUUGCAGAAUAGCUAAGAGAACAAAUUAAGCACUUGGUUUUGAGUGCAGAGACAAGAGAACAUUCAGUCCCUUCCUUUCUAGAGUGUUUUUAACAAUUAUUGCUUAUCUAAGCACCUACAGGGUCUGAAUAAAAUGCUAACUCAGAAAUGUUCUUUCCAACAUCUGGAAUGUUUCUCUAGUCCUUUAUUUUUAUUUACGGGUCAGUCACCUAAGAGUUUACAGGGGUUUAUUUCCCUGGGUUUUUUACCGAUGCUGUGGUAAAAAUCUGAAGCACAAGCCAUACAAGGAAAGAUACAAUCAUGCCAAGAAAUCAGCCCCCCUAUUGUACCAGACUACAUUCAUCUCCCUGCAAAAUGCAGAGUAGGAGAGUUUGGAGAUACAUUUCUUUUGAGAUGAUAUAUUAAUGAAGAUCUUAAAAGUCAUCUGUUGUUCCACUAAACUGAAUUAUCACCCUGAUAUUUUUGCACAGCAUACGAAAAAGCAUUCCUUUUCCAUGACACAAAAACGCAAAGCCCUACAUGUGCUGGAAUAACUCACCUAAGGGUGGGAGAUGUGAUGUGUUUGUGCCUGCAUAUUUAAUUUGUUAACUGAAGACCAGGGGUUUUGUAGCUCCGGCAGGAUGACCAAUUAUUAAAGUUUGUACUUCCUAGACUCUGGAGAGCUGUUGGGUGAUCUGUCAGAGCAUUGUCUUGAUACAUCUAAACCUUCCACUGAGUGCUACAUGAAUGCUGUUUUCUAAAGAACCUCAGUCCCUAAAUUUCCCCUUGGCAGUUCUUCCUCAGCAUGCCUGGUAGGGCACUCUGAUCCAUUGCAGAGCACUGACUUCUGGCGGUUUGCGCUGCCAGCACAGUGGCGGACAAAGGAAUCCAAAGCACACCAAGACCCCAAACCUCAGCCGAA